AUGGCCAACUACUUGGCUUUCUGUUUGGUAAUGCUUAAGCUUUCCAUAGCAUUUGCCAAUGCGCCAAAGCCAAACACCUUGAACGAAACAUGUCUUGAUGAUAUUAGUAUUGUACUGCAGAUAAACUUGUACAAAAAUAGCUGCCCAGAGGCAGAACCCAUUAUCUUUUCUUGGGUUGAACAUGCAGUAUCCCAAGACUCCAGAAUGGCAGCUUCGCUGCUUCGUCUUCAUUUCCAUGAUUGCUUUGUUAAUGGUUGUGAUGCUUCAGUGUUAUUGGAUGAGACUGGGGAUUUCACGGGUGAGAAAACUGCACCACCAAACUUGAAUUCUCUGAGGGGCUUUGAAGUGAUCGAUGCGAUUAAAUCUGAGCUUGAAUCUGUUUGCCCUGAAACUGUUUCUUGUGCUGAUAUUCUUGCAACGGUUGCCAGAGACUCUGUCGUUCUAUCAGGUGGCCCUAGUUGGGAAGUCCAGAUGGGCAGAAAAGACAGCUUGGGUGCCAGCAAAGCAGCAGCAGCAAACAACAUUCCAGGCCCAAAUUCUACUGUGCCGGCUCUGGUUGCCAAGUUCGAGAAUGUUGGCCUCACACUCACCGACAUGGUUGCUCUCUCCGGUGCACACACGUUGGGAAUGGCUCGAUGCUCAACAUUUACCUCGCGACUUCAAGGCUCAAACGGUCCAGAUAUCAAUAUGGAUUUCCUUCAAAAUCUGCAGCAGCUUUGCUCGGAAUCAGACGGGAACACAAGGCUUGCGCAUCUUGAUCUAGUGAGCCCUGCAACAUUUGACAACCAGUACUUCAUUAACCUUCUUUCCGAAGAGGGAUUGCUACCAUCCGACCAGGCCCUAGUCAGUGAGGAUUAUCAAACUCGCCAACUCGUACUCUCCUAUGCGGAGGACCCUUUGGCUUUCUUCGAGGACUUCAAAAAUUCUAUGGUGAAAAUGGGAAGCUUAGGGGCUCUAACUGGGAAUGAUGGCGAGAUUCGUAGGAAUUGUCGGUUUGUUAAUUAA